AUGGCGCCCGGCGCAGACUUAACAGCGCAGUGCCCGCCAGCACGCAUGCCGAAGCUCAAGUACAGAAAUCCAUUGCCUACCACUGAAUCGACACCCUCGCUCGAGUCCCGUCGCAACAGUGCACAUCAAUCCCCCGACGCUGAGGAAUCACGCUCGCUGUCAUCCACCAACCCUUCUCCUUCCAAUUACACGCCGUCAAUUGAUACGGCGAGCCUGACGUCAUCCAGUCUGGCUUCCACAGCACCCAGCGUAGCCUCUUCAGAUGACGCCCAGUCAUCAAAGAAAAAGAAGAAGACGGGCGUCUUCGGCUUUUUGUCCCUCAAGGAACCUUCCAAGGAUGCAUUCAAGCAAUACGCUGAGGCCCAACGCAAACAGGCCGCCGAGAAGGGUGCCCCGUCACCUCCAUCGACACGUGGAUCAACAUCAAGCAGCUUCACCGCCAAAAAGCUCCCAGACAGCGUCCCCAAAGUAAACUCAAAAUGGGAUGGUGUGCCGGAAAUUGUCAAGAAACAGCAGCACAACAAGUCUAGCGCAUCGAGCAAAAAGACCAGGCACAGUGUGCGGUCACAGAGCUCGCAAAGCUCUCGAUGCAGCGCCGAAACAUGGGAUUCCUCGAGAGUAUCUGUACUGACGGAUGGCACGCAAAAUCCUCCCACCUCUGUCGCUACACCUGAGCCGUCAACGGGAAACCUAGACGCCCGUGACGGAUCCCGGUCCGCUUCACCCCGGCUGUCGAUCAGCACACUUCCUGAACUGUCAUAUUACUUUCCGCAGCCUCUACAAGACACCGCAACGCACUCUGAUGCCCAGCCUGACGUGUAUCACCCUUCCGUCUUCGAAAACACACCUCGAUCUUCGUCCUCCACGUUUAACCUAGGCUCUCCGUUGGAGGGUGUAUUGCCUGGCCUCCGCUCAGACUCCCCAGCUUCUUCCACGGGUUCCGCGGACACUGUCGUUCGAGACACUGCGGAUGCCAUCUUCAAAAAGCUCAACGAUCAGCCUCAAAAGAGCUUGUGGGGCGAUGCACCCGCUGUGCAAUUGCCCGACGAAGAGGCCCGGGUGGCAGUACCCGAGUCGCACAAUUUCCUGUUCGACGACCAACCUAGCUUGGAGGACACGCAGCCUGCGACGCCUCCUUCAGUCCCCCAUUAUGCUCCUAGCCGCCCAGUUCAAAACUUCAGCAGACCCAUGUCGUCACACUUCAACACCACGCCUCCUCCCGCAAUACAGGCGCCAUCGUACAGGACCACGCCUACCGGCCCAGCACUGCCAACGCUCUACGAAACGUCUCUCGCUAGUACGCAGUCUUUGAACAUGGCAGAAUCUAUCCAUUCAGUAGACUCGGACGAGACGGUGCAGUACGAAAGAGACACUGACACGUACUCCAUCGCACCUUCGACUGUCGCACCCUCCGUGCUUUCGGCACACUGGCACGAUUCCCCUCGAGAACGCCUCGGCCUUGGUGGACGUCUUCGGAUGAACGCUCAGACGCCGUGGGAGAGUCAAGGGGAAGAGCCAGGUAAGCUGAAAAAGUACAGGCUUUCCAUGUUUGGCAAGGCCGCACCACGAGCAUGA